GGCAUACAAGGUUACUUUAUAUUGGUGAGGAAGAAGAAAGUGUCUGACAAGAAAAUGGAUGUUGGUUUCACCCGUACCCUGGCCCAGAAGAAAGGGUGUUCCCAAAUCGACACGAGGGAAAACUUGGGCGCUAAGCAGAAGUCUCAUUUCCCGAUGUUUGGUAGGGGAUCGUAACACGAGCGCUAGGUUAGUUUAGUUCGAAUAUCCCUGUCGCUUUCUCGCUUCGAAAAGCACCAGAUCGCUAGCCAUAUAUAGGCGUCCCGUGCUGGUAGCCCAUUUUGUGCAGCCUUUUGGACGCAAUACCCGGUGCAGGCCGUCAUACGGACCAAGCAUGUUCAAUAAAAGGAGGGUCCCAUGUGGCCUUACUGUUACUCUUCUGUUCAGUCUACAGAGCGUUUCAUUGUCCGCAGCAGGAGACUGUGCUCCUUAUCCAGUCAGCGUUAAUCUCAAUAAUGUGACUCUUGGGAAUACAACUGCCCGAGGUGUAUCCCUAUCUGUUGGUAGCCCAAAACAGUCAUUUGCAUUCUUGCCUCAAUGGCCUUUGAACAGCACGUUUGUGUACGGCACUGAUGGAUAUUGCGGCGAAUCAUGGUCCGAGGCAGGCUGUCGAACAUUUCGAGGAGGCGCAUACGAUUCAUCAUCGUCGACAACAUAUAAGGAUGCCCCAUCGAACCAUAUAGAAGCUUCGCCAUAUCCAGAUUUCACAUGGGGAAAAGACGACCUCAUAUUCAAUUCCAAUACUACGCUGUUAGACUUCCCGAUAGGAAUCGCACGAAGCGAUUGGGGCGCGCAAGGAUAUCAUCCCCAGGUGGCUUUUGGUCUGGGCAGGAACUCCACCAUUCUAAAUAGCCUCUAUACCGCCGGUCACAUUGCAUCACGAUCAUGGGCUAUGUUCUGGGGUCGCACAGGUGGCACCGCGAACACACAGCAAGAUGGGAAUUUCGUCUUUGGCGGCUUCGAUAAGUCCAAGGCUUCAGGUGACAACUAUACCAGCGAUCUAAAUUACUCUAACAAGAAUUGCGCCAGUGGUAUGUUAGUUACUAUCACAGAUUUGGAACUUAACUUCCCCAACGGUACCACUGCAAGCUUAUUCGAUGGGAUGCAAUCUUCUGCGAUACUGGCCUGUAUUGUCCCAGACUACCCCGUCUUGAUGACUCUGCCUCGCGACCCAUAUUUUGAGCGAUUUGAAAGCCUUACCAACGAGUCCUUCAGUUACAGAGGGUUUGGUGUCUACUACUAUGGGAUGCUCUAUCCCAAUCCCGACUCCAUAUAUACUGGUGAUCUAACUGUAACCUUGAACAAUGGGUUCUCAGUUCGAAUACCUAAUGACCAGCUUGUCGUCCCAAAUCUCACUAUUGAUCCAUCUACUGGGUCUCUUAAUGCGAAUGGGUCUACUCCUGAACUGGUUAUUAACUCCAUCCAGCAGGUGAACCAAGGCGAUCUUCCCCAGUUAGGCCGCCAAUUCCUGUCCAGCGCCUACCUUAUGUCAAACCAAGACUCCAACACAUUCACCUUAUGGAAUGCCGCGCUUGAGGAAGAAGAGAAUCUGGUCGCGAUUGAUACAAAUAACAAGCCAGUGGACAUUUACUGCGCUGCGACUCCCACGUCGACUUCAUCGUCCACCUCAUCCCCACAUAGUAUAGGCAAUCAUGAUAAAAAGCUGUCUACCGGAGCGAUUGUUGGAAUUGCAAUCGGAUCUGCAGCAGCAUUGGCAAUAGUUGCAGCGGGUGUCUUCUUGGUUGUGUCGAAGAAGAAAAAAAAGGGGGUAGUACGUGUAAACUACUAUCCUACAGCCGCUUAUCGUGACCCUCCGUCUGAACUCGGUCCGAGUCAUAUGGAACCCCACGUUCCCAAUGAGCUUCCUGCUAAGCCGCCAAGUCCCUCGCACCGUUUCGCUAAUAUACAAGAAUUAGCGUAAACUCGUGGGGAACUAUGGGAGCUGUACUGUGUCCACCGGAAAUGCAAUGCUGGAAUUACGAUUUAAUAUAGUAAUUGCAGAUAGGAUCUGUCAAUGUAAUUCAUAUUUAUCAGUCUAACGGCAACACUAGUAAGUGAGGAUAGACUUCAGUGACCCUGCGUAGACCUCAUCGUGAGCACUGGAGUCGCAGCCUGACAUAAUCAGCCCCUAAACGAUCUCUUACAGACGUUUACACUACCAGCGCCAGGUGCAAGGUGACAGCGAAGGCAGAAUUGUCCUCAGGUCUAUAUAACCUAGUUAACAGUGGUAUCAUAGGCUCGAUGUUUAUGUCAAGUCACAGCCCACUCCGGUGCAAGGCUGUGCUGAGGUACAGGCGGUAAGAGGAUUCUCCUCGUUGGGUCAAAACAAGACGCUAAAAUGCU